CCAGCUUCCCUCCCCUCAGCACUCAGGCUGUCGACACUGUUUGGACAGCGGAUCUGUUUUUAGUUCACUCUGCCUCCCUGUGCUUGAGCUUCCACAGUCACACUAUUCCUGGGACUUUUUGGAAAAUAACUUUCAAUUUUCUAAAUGUCUGACUCUCCGCUAAAUAACUCCUGGCCCUCCUUCUCAAAGUUCUGGAUGAAGCGAUGGUUAUUUAAAAAAGAAUGCAAGCAGUGCUCACAGGAGUUUCCCCAAGUCCAGGGCCAAUCUCUCCCAGCGUGUGUAAACAUCGAUAACCAGCCCAACUCGCUGAGUGAGGUGGAGGAGAUGUACUUCAACAAGAUGGCUGAGGGCAAGGAUGAUCCCUUCCUGGAUUUUGAUGAUUCUGCGACAGAUGCCACGAGCAGUACAGAAGAUAUUCCCUCCCUGGAUUCGUCACUACAAUUGGGUUCAAUGUCUUCUAGGGGUCCUAAACUUUCCCGGUAUCCAUUAACAAGCAGUUCGGAAGAUAUCACCAGAGCAGAUACUGUUUCGGGCUGCCCAGCGCAACUUGGCAAAGUACAAAAAAACAAUGUUGUCACUCAGCUUACGGCCUGCUGUCCUUCACAAGACACCACAGAAAACAAGAAGCCUUCCCUGGUUCUGAAAGCCAGUGGGUGUGGUUUGAUGGAGGGAGACGGAGUGGGUCAGAAUAACAGUGCAUCUGACCUUGAGAAUCUAUCGGAUGAUGAAGAUCAGGAUUCAUUACCUUUGUUAAUCAGGUCCAUGUCCAGCUCCAGAAGGCACAGCUGGGAAGGUCCUCUAUCUCCUUCAGCACUUGGAGACGUGAGGAGAAGGCUCAGCCUUGAUAUGCUUGGCAUUGACAGUGAUGGAGAAGGUGAUAGAGAGGAUGAAGACCAGUUGGACCAGUCGGGCUAUGAAUUAGCAGAACCGCUCAACGCCAACCCAGAAAAUGAUAUGCAGGCAACUCGGGUUCAGGGGCAAGCCAAUUCAAGCAUGCUGGAGGACGAAAUAACCGAGCAGGUGAAAGAGGGUACAAAGAUGAGACCACGAUUAGAAACAUAUCUGUCCAAGGGAGCUGACAGCCGUACUUCCCGGAGUCUGGUUCCAGCCCAACCCAGAGAGUCAGAACCUGAAACUUCCCUGGAGAUCCACGAGGAGAAGGAAAACAUGGAGCCCAACCACUUGUUGGUUCAACAAGUGCUGCAUGAACUGAAAGCCUUUCAUGGAAACUGCAACGGUUCAACAAGCAGUGCAAGAACAGCACCAGGAUCGGGUGCACUGCCUCGUUCGAACUCCCCCCAUGAUCUGACCUGGAUGGAAUUUCUCGCAGAAAAGGAGGGUGAUGGCAAAUGUGAAAGACCCGAGAAAGAAACAAAGGUGAAAAGAACUUUAAGUUCCCUGAAGAACAGGGUGACCGGCUCCUUCAAGGAUAAGGCUAAGACCAAGGAGAAAGAAAAGGAAAGUCCCAAAGAAAAGAGGAAGUGUAACAAUGGCCACCACUUAGUGCCAGGAUCCUUCUCCAGCUCCACCAGCUGUACCCUGUGCAGCAAACCGUUGAGUGGUAAAACCAGUUAUCAGUGUAUGAAUUGUGCAGUGAAUGUACACAAGAAUUGCAGGACACUUCUAGCUGAAUGUACCACUCCCAAGAGCAAGCAAAAAGAUUCCCAGCAGAAGUAUUCUGGAAGUCCACAGAGUAUUGCCCAGCCUGCGUCUUUACCAAAGGAGCAGUCCCGGUGCUUACCGCUGGCCACUGAUGGCACAUCUGGAGCUGUGCGGAGUACCGGCAUGACUGUACCACCAAGAAGACCUUCCCAACCGUCUUCAACCAGCGUGAAUAGCUACACCAAUCACGGAAUAACCGCAGGGGAGAUGGAGCAGGAAGUGGAGAAUGGAAUCCCUAAAAGCAAGACUUCUGCCGAGGAAACCCAGAGUCUAAUUUCGUCAUCUGUUGAGUCACUUGUGGCAGAAGAUACCAUUUAUGCCUCUCUAAAGGCAGAGUUGGAGGCAGAUGGCCAAGACUUUGAGGCUGAAUCGUGGAGUCUUGCAGUAGACCAGGCAUAUGCGAAGAAACAGAGCAAAGAAGUCAUCAAAAGGCAGGAUGUAAUUUAUGAGCUAAUGCAGACAGAGAUGCACCAUCUCCGAACUCUGAAAAUCAUGCUGCAUGUAUAUGACCGGGGAAUAAAGGAGGAGCUUCAGCCCAGCCACAGGCACCUUGUCAGCAAAAUCUUUCCCUGCUUACACCAGCUGUUGGAAAUCCAUGGAGUUUUCUUCUCCAGACUGAAGGAGCGGCGGAAAGAUUCCUUGGAGGAAGGGAGUGACCGGAAUUACCUCAUUCAUAAAAUUGGUGAUGUCCUCUCUCAACAGUUUUCAGGUGAAUGUGGAGAGGAAAUGAAGGUGCAAUAUGGGAAUUUCUGUGGUCAGCACAAUGAGGCAGUGAAUUAUUACAAAGAGAUGUACCAGCAGAACAAGAAGUUCCAAAAUCUAAUCAAGAAAUUAAGUAAUUACUCAGUGGUGAGGCGUCUUGGAGUGCAGGAGUGCAUUUUAUUGGUCACUCAGCGUAUAACCAAGUACCCUGUCCUGGUGGAAAGGAUUAUUCAGAAUACUGAAGCUGGUUCACAAGAUCAUGAAGAAUUGACCAAAGCAUUGCUUCUGAUAAAGGACACAAUAACAGAGGUGGAUGAGAGGGUGAGUGUUUGUGAGAAAGCUCGGCGUUUGAAGGAGAUUGCAAAUCGAAUGGAACCCAAGUCGAUAGCCAAGCUCAAGAGUGGACAUGCCUUCCGUAAAGUAGACAUGCUGAGAUCGAAGAGGAGACUUCUGUAUGAAGGAGUAGUCUGGUGGAAGGCUGCAUCUGGACGACUAAAAGAUAUUCUGGCCCUCGUUUUGACAGAUGUGAUCCUGUUACUUCAGGAAAAGGAUCAGAAAUACUCAUUUGCUACAGUGGAUCAGAAACCAGCUGGAAUUUCGUUACAAAAACUCAUUGUCAGGGAAGUAGCCAAUGAAGAAAAAGGAAUGUUCCUCAUUAGCGCUUCUGAUGAAGGCCCUGAGAUGUAUGAGAUCCACACGAAUUCCAAGGAGGAGCGUAACACUUGGAUGGCAGUAAUCCGGGAUGCAAUAGACAGAUUCCCGAUAGAAGAGGCAGCCCUGGAUGAAGAUCGCCAGCAGGAUGAGAAAAGAGCAGCUCAAAUCAAAGAGCUCCAACAGCGCCUGAGUGCAAAGGACGAGGUGCUGAAGCGCACCCUGAGUGAGAAGCUGGAAAUUUUCGGUGAUAUAGCAGAAAUCCAGGGGUAUCUGGACACAGGAAGGUCACGUGUGCUGCUUCGAGCUGAUGGUCUGGAGUCUCAGCGAGAUUCCACGCUCAAUGAUGCACUGAAGGAAGUCGAAAACCUUCAGAAUUUGAUUGCUGUUCAGCCCACUGAUGGAAGCUGGCAAUUGGAUGACAGCCUAGGGUCCUCAGCGUUGCCACGACGAGCAGAGACUUUCGGAGGCUACGACAGCAGUUUAGCCAAUCCAAGCAAAGAUGGCUCCAUCAAAAGGAAGUCAAAUACACUCUCUUCCAACAGCGAGUUGAAGGCGAAAGAGAAAGCUGAAUCUCGGGCGAGUUCUGAACCUCAACUGCAGGACGUGUGCAGUGACAGUGAAAGUGGAUGGAUGAGUGAUCUACCCAAGUGGUGCAGCAUAAGUAACAGCAGUUUUCUGCAAGAUGCAGAGUUUGUACAGAGUGUGCAGACACUGACAUCACAGCUGUACAAGUUGAAGGUUCUGAUUGCCCAAUACGACAGCUACAUUGAGAUGCAGCGCUGCACAGGUGCAAGUGGAGAACGAGACAGGCAGUCUCGCCUUCCAGCCUCGCGCGGGAGCCUACUCCUGGAGCAGGAGAAGCAGCGGAAUGUCGAGAAACAGCGUGAGGAAUGGGCCAAUGUACAGAAGUUGCAGAACCAGGUGCGGCAGGAACAGCAGAAAUGGGAGCGGGAUCGCGAGCGCCAGAAGCGUGAGCUCGAUGCUCAGGAGGCUCGGCUCCAGGAACGUGAGAAGUCCUUGCAGCAGCUGAUGGACCGCUUAGUCCACGACAAGGAAGAAUUGGAACGACAGCGGCAGGAAUACCAGCAGGAUUUGGAACGUCUCAGAGAGUCUCAGCGAACAGUGGAAAAAGACAGGGAACGCCUGGAGCAGCGACAGCGGAAGCAAUUAAAACACAACACAGUCCUGUUUCCAACAGAACCUGGGCCGAUCCCAGGCUUUCCUCCUGUUGAUGGAGACCGAAUGGAAGUGACCCCCAUACUGUUGAAUGAAGGAGGAAUGGCCCAGCAAAGCCUCAAGUACCAUGGCCAGCUGAAUGUGGUGGCGGCAGAACUUGGUGAGCGGUCUGCUGACACUCCGCUUCAGAGAGAGAACAGCACUGCCUCGAUGUUUGCGAGAACUGAGAAUAGAUCUUCCCUUAUCCCAAAGACCGAUGUACCCAUCCACCUCCUGAGUGCCACCAAUCAAAUCCUGAAACAGACUGGAGUGCAGCAGAAAAUUCCCACCAAACUUGCCACUUUGAAAGGAGGCAAGGAGAAGAGUGGGAAAGGAAAGGAUCGACAAUCCUCUGUUUCAGGCAUGUCCUCUUUCUCAACUCCACAUGGCACAGGGUCAGUCAGUGGAGACAUCCAGCAAAACAAUCCACUGAAGUUCCUCACCAAGGAUGAUGGGACACUGAGAGGCAGGAGAUCCUCAAGUCCGGUGAUAUCAAGCAGCCAAAGUUUCUCCCACCAAGAAUCCUCUGUCCCUGUGGAUGUUCAGCGUGAGCCACAGCAAGUGUUAAGCACGUCAACGACAAGCGGAAAUGCACAGCCCCAGAGUGCUCCAGUGACUCAACAGCCAACACCACAGAGAGUGCAGGACGAAUCUGGCACUGAAAUCAUUUUCUUCUGAACUGGACUGACAGCCGAAGAAGAUCCUGUGCAGUCAUUGGCAGCAGACACAGGAAGUCCAGAAAAUCUCUCAGUAAUGAAUAGGUGGAGAGGGGGAGCUGGUCAGCACUGAUGGAAAUGGAAACAGUCUGAAACAUUGCCAGUAAUCUCCCAGACAAGCGUAUUUGAAUUGUGCUCGAAACUGAGAGGGGCCUAAUAUUAGGACCGGAACCUGAUCAUCAUUACCAGCAACAACUCGUCUUUAUCUCUACUACUUCUGGGAGGGAGGGUCUUUCUUUUAGAAACUGUCAUGACUGUUGCACAUGUCUUUUGACCUGUUAUCAGGAGAUUUAGUCUGGGUGUUACUGCCACUUAUGUUUGAAAGUGUGUGCAGUAAUUAAAGGUGUUUUUGCCAGUGAGAACCACAAUUGGACACUGGAUCUGCAAGAUGCGGCAGAAUGGGUGUUGCUGUGGUCUGCCCACACUUCCUGCUCCCCUCCCCCUUGUUGAAUUUACAAACACAAUACCUACAAUUUUUCUAACAGUAGAGAUGGCUGAAUAGAAAUCCCUUUCCAUGUGUCAGGAAUUGGGAAUGUCUUUAGGGCAGUAAUUUUUAUUUUAAUGAUUCCAUGACAUUUUUAAAAAUGUGUUUUUAAUUCAUCCGAUGGAGGGGGGGCCAUGUUAAACUGCAAUGAUAUGCAAUGCCAGGGCAUGUGCAUCCCAAGUGGAGGACUACACAUCGGUUUUAGUGGGGGGACUAGCUCCUGACUGAUGGCUGAUUUAAGGUGCUGAGGGGCUUGAGGCAGAAGACAGUGAGAAGUUUGGAUUUGGGUAAAAAAGAACUUCAGUGGCUAUUCCAAAAUGUUAAUCAGAGUUCUUUUAAAAUCGCUGGUCGUUUCUGUAAUGAUUCACUUGCUCUGGUCAAUGGCAUUUGGGGACCAAGUAUGUUGAACAAUUAAUUUAUAAUCUGACCUUUUGUAGCCAUAAGAAAUCUGCUACUAAAGCUACACAGUGAGAUUCUUGAAAUUGGCCAAGCUUUUGCCAUGGAUCAAAGAGAAUAUCGUGGAGAUUUAUUUUGGUGGUUUUAUUCCUGUGUAAGGAGUGGAUGGGUUGACUCUAUUCUAGAUUGCGAUUGUAUAGACUGAUUUAGGUGGAGUAUAUUUUAAAUUCUUAUUUCAUUAUGUUGGAGCUUUUGUCAAACUAACCAAUGACGUCCAAACCCAGAAAUGAUUUCUCUUUUAUUUUUGUUUGGAUUUCUCUCGUUUGCUUUUUGGGGUUGCAGUAUUCACCUUAGUCACUCAGGCUUUUGUGAUAGAGAACCAAAGCUGUGACAGAAACAGCAGGCCCUGUUCACACCUUGGGUGUGAAGGUUUUGACAUGAGAUAAUGGCUAAGCAUAUCAGUAACAGGAAAUGCUUUUGCCUUUAUUGCCAGGGUUGGAAGCCAAAAGUUUUAUGAAGCAUCUGUGCAUGGGCGCUACAGAAGCUGUCCAGGUCAGGCCCUGAAUAAGCCAUUAAUAGUUGACCAUUGUCUACUGGGAUAGUGAGACUUGUAAAGCGAGCAGUGACUGCUGUUGAAUUUCUGAGUUUGCAAAAUUAUCCUUUGACCCAAAACAGGGAGUCUCUCUGUGAGUGGCAUAAUGGGAAAGAAGCCAAGUGAAAAUAAUCAGAGGUCAUGCAGAAAUCAAAAGCUAGGAGCGUAGAUAGAACAAGCAAUGGCUCAGUGCUGCUUCAGGUACCCAUACCAAUCCAAGCCUCUUGGUCACUCUUCAUGUGUAGUGUUGUUAUGUGAGAAUAGCAUAGUUAAACAUAUUUGGGCAAAGGUCAUUUGGCCCAUUAAAUGUUAUCUUUUCAGGACGGUGUGUAUUCUGGGCUACCUGUGGGGUUUGCAUAUGCCUUUUGUUCAGUGUUGUUUGUCUUUCCUGUCCUAAACUCUUGUCUCUUGCUGUGGUUAAAGUCCCACCAGCUACCCACCUAGCAUGUCAGUAAAGCAGCCAUUCUCCUUGUGAGAGUGGCAGGAGACUCUCCUGCUGUGGAUCCUGUCUUCAGUCCUUGUACAGUCCAACAGAGAUCACUGGAGGUGCAAAGCUUUUUUUAAUCCUUUUGAAAGUUAGGGAAACACCAAGGCUGAUUGUGAUGCUCUCCCUUUCCAACUGGCUCAGUCUCCAUACAAACUUGACAGUUACACCUUGCUUUCACUGAGCAGUCUAACUUACAUAAUAGGUCCUCUUUAGCAGCAAUCUAUUCAGGAGAUGGUACAAAUUGUUUAAUGCUGUCAAAUGCCAAUGAAUACAAAUUAAAGGGCACAAACCAGAUCUAAUGAUGUUAACUUCUUGUUGUCCAUGUAUUUUUACAGAUAUACCUUGUACAAAUGUGCAUCUCUUUUCAAUACAUCUACAAGCAGCCUGUUAAUUUUCACUCCGAAACACAGGGAAUGUAUUAGCUGCAGUGUGCUUUACUAGAUUAUUCCUAUAAGGUUUAUGGGACUUGCUUUUGUUGGUUGCAUUGAUAAGAACCAGUAAAGGGCUAUUGAAGCCAAGCCUGGGCUAUUCUCAGGUUGUUUCCUCUGAGAAAAUGCAAAAGGAAGUACUGAGUAUUCCUCCAAUCAGUGCUGAAUUGUGGAUUUUAAGGUUUACAGGUGUUAUGUGAGGAAAUAGCCUCCAAUUGUACAUAUUUAAUACAACCAACCGAACACGCCUGCUUUGUCUGAAGAAUCUGGGUUGUGAUGUAGAUGCUAUCAGGACAGGUUCAAACAAAUAGGUUGUGGAGGGCAGAGAAAACCAUUGAAUGGAGCUUCUGCGUCAGUGACGUAUGUGUGAGGUGUUCAUACGGAGAGUGGGAAAGCACCUUUCAGCUUCCGCUAGGAGGAAUGUGAAGAUGUUGAAAUUUGCUGGGACAGUGGGCCUGAGAGGGGGACGGGACCAAAUGGUUAGAUUUGAUUUGACUCCCCUUUCCCUGCAACCCCACUCCCAGGUGUCAUCUCAUCUCUCUCUCCCACCCCACCCCACCCUCCAUCUUAAAGCUCACUUAGCACAGUCAGGUCAAUGAGUUAACGCUUUUAGUUUGGGCAGAGUUUGAGUCUGCAUAACCUCUUAUUCUCAAAAUAUUGAGUUUUCCCCAACCCUAGUCUGAUUCCAGAAAGUUAUUUUAGGCAGGUAAAAACACUUCUCAAAAUAUUGAGAAGAGAGUUAAUCACUAGAAAUAUCUUAAACUUUUCACUUUUGAGUGGGUUCUUCCAAUUUGCACUGGAGCAUGAUGUCUUUAUCCAAUUUGUUUUAUAGCUGGUUAUUCUAUCUGAAAUGUGUGGUAAAAGUUUUUUUUUGAGGUCACAGAGCACUUUAAUGCACUCUAAAUUGUUACUGUACUUUGUAUCGGAGGAUUAAGAAGUGGGAAUCAUGAAAAAGGUCAAAGAACGCAACCUCAAACAUUCCACCAAUGGAUGCAGUCAUGUGACUAUGGUCUGAUCACAUGAUAUCUUGGCCAUGUGAUGGGUUUCUUAGGGAAGUAACACACCUCUAUUAAUGGACCAAUGCAAUAUUCAGUCACUUCCUGCAAGGCUGUGGGCUCAGCCCUGUGUAUUAUUUCACGUCUUGUCACUAGGGACUCAAGUCUCCAUUCUAAUGCACACAAAAAAAAUCAGUGUCAACUGAACCUUAUUAGAGAUUUAGAGAUUACUUCUCUCUGAUGUUGAGGGAAAAGAUGUGUUAGGUUGGUUGAGAGGGACAGUGUUGGAGUGGAUAGUGUUCAAGGACGUUUAACAUUGAUGGAGUUACCAGUCACUCACUGAUCCCCAUGGGCUCCAAGGAUGCCAUUCCCUUGGCACUCUGGCACCUGGUGUGUUGAGACUCCUUAUUGCACAUUUUAAAUCCUGUAGGGUGAGUAUGUAGGGGCAGGGAGAGAGAUGGUUGAUUGAGUUUCAAUGAAAUUCUGUUCAUUGUGAAAUCCUUUUGAUCACCUUAUUGCUACAUUCCAUGAGAUCUUGGUUUUAAUGGAAUUGGCUUUUGUUUUAGAAUCACACUUAGGAUUUUACUAAUUUCUAGAAGCAGUGGUUAAGGUGGAAGACUGGUUACUGAUGGGGAAAGCAGUUUCCAGUUGACUCCCUCCAAUGAUUAUUUUGUCAGCAUCUUGUUUUCCAGAGAGAGGCUCAAAUAGGAAUAUUACACAAUGCUAAUGAAUUCAAGCAUGGCUUUCCUUGUAACUUUUCUCUGUUUAAAAGGAUUGGUGUAAAUUUUGCCAAAGGAUAAAUUUGAUUUGUUUUUAUCUCUCUUUUGGGUGCACACCUUUAAAAUCAAAAUCUGCUCUUGUGGCAGAAGGUUCAACCCUUGAGCUACCAGCAAAAAUUCAACUCCCUCGACCCUCGGGCACAGCGCCUCGUACUCUAAGCCACCCAGAUAAGGUUCAGUGCCCGUAUCUGUUCUGUUCUGUCCCCGGUCUGUUCAGCCUUCAAUGUAUAAGUUGCAUUAGUAGCCACUGGUUAUGCUGGGGUGAAGUGGGGUGUGUUGGAAUCGAGAGCUGUCACGCCUCAUCACUGGGUGACUUCCAUUGAAAACCUGAGGUGACUUGAGGUCAUAUCCCCAGCCAACCUUUGGUCUUUAGUCUCCCCUCGGGUGUUGUACAAGAAUGAUGCCUGUUGACCGUGGAGUUGCAUCUUAAUAGGAGCCAAGGCAGGCAGAGAAGAUGAAACACAACCUCUUGUAUGUAUGUGGCAGAAUGGAAUCUGGGUUGUCUCCAAGAGGGCUGUGCAGAGAGCAUGAGACACUUUGAUAUCCCUGUAGUACUUCAAAUAAUAAAUAUUCCCAGCCUUCCAAGUGAACUAACCAGCAAUCUGGAAAACUGACAAGCAACCUGUCAUUGCAUCAGCCCAUCUCCAGUCCAUUCAGUAUUAAUGCUAAAUCUGAUGACAGCAAAGCAGCUGUGUUAUCGCAGUUAAGGCAGUGUGACCUUAAGGUCUCUGUGCUUCCUGAUCACCAUGUGCAGGCUCAGCAUGUUACUGUUGUCUCUUGUGUUUCUGGGGUUUAGUGGGGUGUGUCUGUAGAAAGGGCUUCUCCCUGCUGAUCACUGACAAGAAGCGCCUGCUGCGCUAUUGAGCAAGGCCAUUCAGCAAAUGACCAUCCUGUUGGAGCUGCCUUCUCUGCUUGCGAGAGAAGUGACUAGGGUUUAGGUGGGUAUCCAGCUGUGACCACACAUCGGUGUCUCCAGAAAAUGUUGAGGAAAAAAUUGGCGAGUGCACAAGCUGUGCACAUUAGGAAGACAGUGUCCCUCCUAAUCCUGUGUAACCACCCCUACAACCACAGCUCAUACAGUAAAGACUCCUCAGGUCCUGGACUGUUUAUAGUGUAAAAUCAUCAGAUUCUGUUUAGACUACAUUUAAUGAAAAGUGUUUGGGGCUGGGUGGGCUUGAAGUAUUAUUGAUUUUGAUUGAUCAUGUUAGGCUGUAUACAUUGUACAUAGUUUCAGAUCUGUCCUGUCACUGACUGCCAGUAACUGUUGACAGGACCUUUGUAGUUAAUUUUGUUACAUGUUGUAAAAUUUUAAAUGGGUAAAGAAACUGUUGAUAUUCUGUCUGAAUUGUGCACCUCCAAUGUCUUUAAAGAAUUGUAAACAAGAUUGUAACACAUUGAACAAUUUGUUUUUAUGAUGGAUCAUUAUUCUUGGCAAUAUAAAGAGUUGCCUAGAACAGACCUGAUACCAGCAAUAAAGAGAAAUCCUGGUUUAUAUUCA